AUGGACAAUAGUUCGGAUCCGCAAUCUGGGAAGCAAGCAGAAAACGGAAAAAGAAAACCGACCCAUCUUCUCGACCUUCUGAGGUCAAGUCUCUUGGGCCCACAAAAACAAAGCGACAACGCAAAGAAAAAUGAUGAGACGACAAACCAACCAUCAAAUGGUACAAAAAGCUUUUGCGGCGAUUUUGCGGCGAUUUUAGGGAACGGAAAGAAGAGCUCCGAUUUGCAAUUUUAUCGCAACGUGCAGGAGCUUAAAGCAGCAGGAAUCCAUGUGAAGCGAAGUAAAGAUAAUUCCUUGAGAUCAGGCAUAUAUUUUAAUAGAAAACUCCACCUCUCUGGAUUCCUCUCGCUUCCUUCACUAAAAGUGGAUGACUCAACGGGGCCGAAGUUAUUGAACUUAAUUGCCUACGAAAUGUGUCUGGACUUCAAAAACGACUUCGGCAUCACCUCUUACGUAUCUUUCCUCGAUUCACUCAUCGAUGAAGCUAACGAUGUCAAGGAACUAAGGAAAGCACACGUUCUCUGCAACCUCCUCGGCAGCGACAACGAAGUGGCUCAGCUCUUCAAUGAGAUAGGCACUGAUUUGGUGCCUGACCUCGGUGAGUAUAAGGAAGUCAGGAAUCAGAUUCAGAAGUACUGCGACAACACUUUCAUGACAUGGAUGGCUGAAGUCUUUCACAAUCAUUUCAGCAGCCCCUGGACGGUGUUAGCUUUUCUUGGCGCAUUAUUCGCGCUUGCUCUGAGUUUCGCUCAGACUUGGUAUGCAGUGAAUUCUCCCCCCGGCCCCUGCGAUAAGUUCUGCGAAAAAUUCAAUCAAAACUUACGAAAGGGAUGA